UUUGUAGGCUAACUGCAUCCCUCGUCUGAGAGAUUAAAGAGUGACAUUAUUGUAUACAUUCACAUUAUGCUCACGGCACAAAGCCUGGUGGGAUGCUGUCUGCACACAGCGCUGGGAGGAACCUGCACAUCUGAGCGUUUCAGCGGCUCUGGACACCAUGCGCCCGGACCUGGUGCUGCUCAGCCUGCUGCUCUGGAUGCUCCGUGUGUCCGGACAGAGCAGUCCCAGAGGACAAACGCUGCGUUCCUACAGACACAUCAGGCUGAAACGAGAGAUGUUGCUGGUAGAGGGAACCAACUGUCAGAUCGGCAGGACCUGCGGUCCCCGUCGGCGUGGAUGUUCAGGUUGAGAGCCUGGAUGCCAUUUCAGAAGUUGAUAUGGAUUUUACGAUGACGCUGUAUCUGAGGCACUACUGGAAAGACGAGCGUCUGGCCUUUAAAAGCAACACCAACCAGAGUAUGACUUUUGAUGGUCGUCUGGUGAAGAAGAUCUGGGUCCCUGACAUGUUCUUUGUUCACUCCAAGAAGUCCUUCAUACAUGACACUACCACUGACAACGUCAUGCUGCGAGUCUACCCCGAUGGAAAAGUCCUCUACAGUCUGAGAGUCACCGUCACAGCCAUGUGCAACAUGGACCUGAGUCGAUUUCCUCUGGACACACAGACGUGUUCGUUGGAGAUUGAGAGCUGUAUCACCACGGUGCUCACCAUGUCGACCAUCAUCACCGGAGUCAAUGCUUCCAUGCCCAGGGUGUCCUACAUCAAGGCUGUGGAUAUUUACCUGUGGAUCAGUUUUGUUUUUGUUUUCCUCUCAGUUAUAGAGUACGCUGCAGUGAACUACCUGUCCACACUGCAGGAACGCAAAGAGAGGAAAUUGCGAGAGAAGUUGGCGUGUACCUGUGGCCUGGCUCCUCCUGGCAUGAUGUCAGCCAGCUACAGUGAGGUGGAUGCCAACACUACAGGGAACUAYGACAUGCUGGAGGGGAACAGGGUUAGACGGGAGACCAUGCUGGUUGACCUGGCAAUGGAGAGUGACCAAGUGACGGGCCAUGUUGGCUCCAGGGCUUACAGCAGCGUCUGGAUCGACACACAUGCCAUCGACAUGUACUCCAGGGUCAUCUUCCCUGGAGCUUACAUCCUCUUCAAUAUUAUCUACUGGUCUAUUUAUUCUUAAUGCAGUCUCACUGGGCUGCAGAUGUUGCUGACUAGUUGGCAAACAGCAUUCUCAGGGGAGUUUCCAAAACGUCUCAAUGUUUGCUGGGGUUUUCAAAGGUUUUUCCAGUUUUCCUACUUGAGUCACAGAAUCAUGCAGUCCUGUAGCUUGAUAUGUGAACAUGAACAAAAAAAAAACCUAAUUCUCUCAGUCAAAGAACUGUAUGGACGCUCUCCUCUGUGUCCAGGUCUUACCAUGCCAAUAAUAAAUAUACGUUUUUAGAAAGAAA